AUCACACAAUUCAAACACCUUCCUUUCUUGUUGCACGCGGAUCCAUCCUUCGUUUUGCUGGAGCGUUGCACGAGACGGCUCUCAGCUGAGAUUCAUAGGUGGUGAUGACCAUGCGUAUUGUCGUGGGUCUGCUACUCAUACGUGGCGCAACUCCUAAGCCAUUCCCAUCGUCGGUGGUCGCCCUCCCAACAUUCGGUCUCGGCAACGAACACCGUGAACACCGUGACGCCCCUCAACAGCGGCAGGAGGAGGAACAGCCAGGAAGAGCUUCUAUCGGAGGGACGGCGAGCGCGCCAUCAACUGGUGCUGCACUAUCGGGCGGUGAGGAGGAUGACACGUCGCCGCACGCACAGAUCCGCGACGAAGAGACCUCCGUCCUAUCCCUCACGUCUACGAACGGGUAUCCGGAUAUCUCAUGGUCACCCUGGGCACACUUGGCUGAACCGCACCGAGCCAGCGUCCUUCGCGCGGAAUCUCAAGUUGGGAAUCCCGAUGACGACGUCUUCUUGUGGACGCUACCGAACGAGAAUGGGGCAUCGUUCCAGGGCAGGGAAAUCGAGUACACCUUCACCGAGCCAGGUCGAAAGGACAUCGUGCUCACCCAGACCGUGACUUCUACGGGCGAACGUCACACCCUCCACACACACAUCAUGGUCAAGUACGUGCGGCGGGAGAUCCGCACCCUGCACAACUCCGAUCGCGUCGCCUUUUUCGAUGCCUUGGAGACUCUCUACCGACUGCCGACAUCGGAAGGGGUCCAGCAGUUCGGGUCCGACUACAAGGGCAUCGACUAUUUCGUGCAGCUACACCUGGACGGCGCUGGUGUGAAGGACUGUGACCAUUGGCACGACGACGCCGGCAUCAUGACUCACCACGUGGGAUUCACCCUGCAGUUCGAGCAGGCCAUGCAACUGGUGGACCCCUCGGUGACCAUCCCCUACUGGGAGUACUCCAUUGAAGCCACGGACGACCUCGACUCUUACGGAGACUCCAUUGUCUUCGACCACGAUUGGUUCGGGGAGUUCUCCCCGAAUAACGACUUCCACACGAUGACGAAGGGGCGCUGGGCAUUCCUCCGGGUUCAACGGGAUGCGUGGGACUCCGUACACAACCCGUACGGGCUUCUUCGCUCUCCCUGGAACGUCGACGACACGCCUUUCGUCACUCGUCACAACACGACGAGCUCCAUGACGGCCACCGACAUGGUGAGCUGCAGCGUGUACUCGAGCUGCUUCGCCUCCUCGAGCCUCUCAAUCAUGAAUGCCUGUCUCAACGGAGAAACCCACGGGCCCGUGCACAUCCUGACCGGGGGCGAGUGGCACGCGGCGGAAGAAGAUUUCAUCCAGAAAGUCGGGUACUACGAGUCGGUGCCGCUCGUCACCAAGUUCCUCUGGCGCAAGGGCUACCUGUCGAUCCCUGACAAGUGUGAGGUUGGAGAGUCUUGCCAGACCUCCUGCCCCUCCGAGCUGUACGAGUCGAAAGGGAUGACGCCUUACGACGUCCUGAUGGACGUGCACGCCCUCAUGUGGACGUCACAUACGGCAUCUUCGCUGGUGUACAGCUCGAGGAAAGACAAGUUCGAGGUGAAGGGGUACGAGGAUGACGAGCCCUUCCAGCGGGCGUACUUCAAGAAAAUGCUCAAUUCCUUCUGUAACCCAGGAGCCGUCGGGGAGAUGUUCACAUCUGCGGCGCCGUACGACCCUGUGUUCUGGGUAGUGCACCCGACGGCCGACCGACUGCUCGCCUGGAGACGGAUGCUGGGCCGUCAAGGAGUGGAAGGGUGGGACUUCGACGAGACCUGGGGCUACACCCACACUUCCGUCGUGGGGGAAACGGGCACCGUUUGUAACUGGGACGACGUCGUCCCAGGCUCGGGCGACAUGCCGACAUGCAUCACGGGCAUCUGCGGAGGGCACAACGAGGAUGACCUUCUUCCCUUCACGGUCAAGGUCAAAGGGGAGAAUGUGCAGCUGACGAACGCGGAGUGGAUGGACCUCAUUUACCCCACCAACGAGGACCUGCCCUACAUGUAUGACGAAUUCAAGUGGGACCACUGCAGCGAGGAUGGGUAUUCCUUCGGGACUUGAUCGGCGAGACACAAGCGCACGGUCGGGCCGGGAAGACUUUUGGCGCUUCUUUCCGCACCUGGAGUUUCUCGAGGACUCGAUAAACAAACGCAAGAUAAGCAGUGGGCUAAGGAAACACGUGCCAAGGAGGAGUGGCGUCGGAGCAAAGGCUCGGCUGAUUGGCGUGCAAGCAGCGUGAGUUUCCGACAGACACGUCUACAAACCUCUCGUGACAGACAGGCUGCAACUCAAGUCCGGUACUGCCGGUGUUCCAAGGUGUGGAAGACGACAUACAAGGGAGAGGCUGGCUCAGACGACCUACCAACGAUGCUUGUUUUGCGUGCCAAGGGGGGACGAGGGUCGAGGGAAGGAACGCGUUGUUAUGUUACCCGCAUUGUGGCGGUUGUGGUGGCCGGUCGGUCGUGGGGAAUGAGAGCAAUUCUCAGCUCCUCAAGUGACCAGCGGGUUGAUGGAGGCGUUUCUCUGUCGAAAAACAGAGUGUUAACUGUAUAGAAGUAUCUCGAUACGGGGUCUGAUGUUCCGCCUUCGGUAAGCACCGAGGCUCUCUUGUUCCGGUAUUUGCAAGCAGUACUUAUUAAUUUGUGCGUGAAGCAUACCAGUGUUGUUUCGUGCGGAGUGCUUGGGCGGUUUGGUCGGUCUUGAGACAUUUCUUCCACUUAGAAAAAAAAGUGUUCGUACCUCUUGCAUUUGAUAUCGAAUUCGCAAACCGGGUCUCCCACGUACCUGUUGGCCUUCAUGGGCUCUGAUGUUUCAAGAUUUGCCGUUACAAGGGCGCGCUUUUCUCUUAUUUAUUUAGCAAGGGCGCGCCCUUAUGGUACGCCUAGUGGUGGCGUACUUCUUGGAGUGGGAUCAUGGGGGAGGGGUGGAGGUCCGAGAGAUGGAAGCGGAGUGUCGUAUUUUCCAGUUGGGGUGCUUGUGGUGACGAGGAAAAUGGAUACUGGCUGGUCGUGGCGAGUGAGAUAGUUCACAGAUGCGAAAAAUCGGAACCUUCAACGGUCCUGCACGUAGCCAGCGGGUCGAUAGAAGCGCCCACUGUUUUUACAAAAUGCAGUCUCGCGUAAAUUAUUGUCGACGCGUCAUAUGUCCGGUCUCCGUGAGCGCAAAGGUUCAAUUUUCCAUCCUAUCGCAACAAACAUUAUUUUGUUGUUAGGUAUAAGCGGUUGGGUGGCCCUUGCAGAUAUGAACGUCCAAAAGUGUAACGCGCGUCCUCUGGUCGUUGAUUUCAAACUUGAAACCAACUCUCCAUCUAUCUGUUGGUUUUCAUGGGGUUCUGACGUCUUAGAUGUCUAGGCCGCCCCGCCAUGCAGAAAGGGCGCGUUCUUACUCUUUGCAUUCGAUGUGGCUUUCCCCCCAUGAUUCUUAUGGUUUCCAUAAUGCAUUUAGUGACUUUGGACGAUGGUAUGUAGGAGGAGGUGUUUUUCUUCCACCACUUUUCCAUCAUGGAGCAUUCGUCGACCUUUUCGUGUUGCCGCGGUGCGUUUGGGUUUGUUUUUGUUUCGCUGUGAUCCCUUGCCACCCUAGCCGCCGUGCAGUCUUGUUGAUUGUCGUAGUCAUGGUGGUACCACUUUUCUUCGCCCGGGGCGGGGCGGCGCUCAAUUUGCUUUUGUUGUUUGUCAGGGCACGUCGAUCUUGUUGUUUUCAACCUGAGGGCCGCUUGAUGUGUUUGGGUUGUCAAGGAACAAGUUUCCUAUAGGGCUAUUGGUUUUGGCUUGGAGGUCCGAUAUUUUGUUGUGUUUUCGGUUUUAAAAAAAAGUCCGUGCUGUUGGCUUUGGCUUUGAGGGCCUAUGCAAAAAAAAAAAUUGUUUUCGGUGGUCAACAAACACUUGCUGCGUUUCCGGCGGGGGCACGCUUUCUUUGUGUUGCUGUUUUCGGUUUGUUUUCUCUUGUGGCGUACGAGCAGCUUGCUUGCCGUGCUGCUACCAAGAAUAUUGGGGGGGAGGCGGGAUGCUGUUCCAUGAUCCUCGUGGCAGCACGAGAAGUUUUCGUGUCGUGCAUGCGUUGAAGAAUGAUGACGACUCCGCUUACCAGGAGGUCCGUGGGCCAUCGGUGCAAGACCCACUUUUUUCCUCUGGGCCUUUAUGGUUCCGCGUGAUUCACAGCAGCAGGGGAUGAGGGGAUGUUUGAAUCCCGCUAAAAACAAUAAAGUGUUCAGGUUUCCAUUGGUAUCUAUCGCAGCUUGCCUCGGGCAACCGUGCUGGUCCUAAGAUAUUUUGUUUUUUUUAUGAGGUGGUCUGUAUGUCGUUUCCACCGGGCGUUGCAAACGCGAAAUUUCAGUUGAACGUUAUGGAGGAUAUUCCCAGUUCUACGCGAAGAAGAAUGUGUCCGCCCGUGUGCUGGUCCACCGAGAGAGUAUUACCCUGAUUGAUGAAUCCGAUGAUACAGAGAAAAGAUGAGAGAUGGAUUCGUUGCGUCGUACUUAAUUUUGAACCAGAAAAAAAUAUAGUUAGGCGCCUCUCCUGAAGGGGACACAGGGAUACACAACACACAACUUUCCUUUUGUUCAUCCUUACUUUGCUACCAUCCAGGUAAAACUGUGGAGGAAUAGCCUGCCUAAGCAGAAACUGCUCCCGGCAUGUAGCUCGCUCUU